GGAAACCGUUAAAACUAAACGGACGCAUUUCCUGUAGAAAUUCCCCUCUAAAUUUCAGGGAAGUGUGCCACUUCGUCUACAUGAUGCUCCAGUUUAUUGUUUAAUUUAUAUUUUUCGUCGUCAAUCCGGUCGUUUAGAGGUCAACUAUAGAUCCAAAGAUGUCAAAAAUUACGGCCACCAACCCCCCGAGACGCUCGACUCGGCAUUUAGGGAGAGCGUUAAGCGUUGAACCCACCCCCAGGGAGCCCAUAAAGCGAACCAAAAGGCCAUCAGAAGACCGAUCUGCUGCUGCAGUUAAAGGUACCAGGGAGGUGGAGAAUGGCUUGGAGGAUGAGGACUCCCCCAGUAAGAAGCCUCGAUUGGAUGCUUUAGAAGCAGAUGGGGAUGGCACAGAUGAAAAUGAGAUGGAGGUUCAGGAACCAACCAAAGAACGGCAAAAGAACGAGGACCAAGAAAUGAACACUGAAGAGGUUCCAUCAGAUGAAAUCUGGCUACCAAAAACAGGCAAAGGCGCCAUCGGAGAUGUGAAUUUAUCACCUUGUGUCUUCCUCGGUGAACGCUGCCCAGUGAGCCAUUCACUAAAGGAGGAUUCAAAGUGUGUGAAACAGAAAACGGCGGUAAUUAAAGAUCUGGCACCCCCACACAAGUCAGCUUUCCAAGUCAGAUCCCCAGAAAAAAGACACGAUGUGCCGAUCAGGAGCAUGGCCGAUUAUAGGAGGACGCUGGAGGCCAAAGUUGAGAUCACAGAUAAGCCAAAAGUUAACCACUCUUAUCGAACUGCAGUCCCGGUUUUAGAGAAGCCGUACACAACCAGACAACGUGUAAACCACAUUCCAGCACAAAAGCAGACCAUUCAGCUCCCAAAAAAAGAAGCAGCUAAGAAAACAUCUGGAACCUCUGAGAAUUCCUGUAGAGGAUUUAUGUGGUACUUAUGGCGUUUGGUUUUUCUGCUGCUGCUUAGCUCCGCCACCUUGCUGGCAUACUCAAUCAUUCCUGAACUCCAGAGGUCAGCCGUUAGAGUGGAUUAUGGAUCCAGAGAAGUGAAGCCUGAAAUGUUUUUGGAACAUUUGUUUGUUCUUGAAACUCAGUUCCCCAGUCAGCGAGUUGAUUUGUGGAAGAGGAGCAAAAUCCACCUCGAAAAGCACCUUAAAUCAGCCCAUCCAACCGGACCAGUCAGUCUGAUGUUAGCUGCAGGUGUCAAAGCAGAAAGGACGCUGCGCUGCUUGGCUCAUGGCCUGGCUUCCACCUACUCAUCCGCCCUCAAUGCCUCCGUUUUCUACCUGGAUGGACAAAGCAAAGUCGGCCAGGACAGCGACGAAGUAAAGCUGAACAUCGACAACCAGCUGCGAGCAGCUUUUGAAGGAGACAAACCAGUGGCAGUCAUUCAUCGGUUUGAAGAGCUGCCUCCAGGUUCUACUCAGAUUUUUUAUCGCUACUGUGACCACGAGACCGCGGCAUACAAGCAGGUGUUCUUAUUGUUUACGGUGGUGCUGCCUCAAGAUGAGAUCAGCAGUGAGAUGAACCUGGAGCAGGUGGAGGAAAGUGUGCAUGACUAUACUGAAGAAAAACUGGUGAGCUCCAAGAGAAAUUCAGCCUAUAAUCAAAUGGAUACUGACAAGUUUAGUGGACUGUGGAGUCGGAUCUCCCAUCUGGUUUUGCCCGUGGUGUCGGAGAAUAGGGUAGGGCAGGGAGAAUGUCCGUGAAACCGUACAUUUCAUGUUUUAACAGGUUCUACGCUGUGGAAACAUGUUAUUUUCUGCAUUCUGACUCAGUUUAAAGUGCUUAAAUGAUGCAUUACUCUGUUAGAGAUGAGUUCCUACUUGAGUUGUCACUCAGGUUUUAAAAGGAAUAUAAGUGAGCAUGAAAAGGAUUAGCAUCAUUUCAUUUACUACAUGUUGUAUUGUUUUAUUAGUCUUGAACGUGUUCUGUGAGUUUAUUUUUUUUUUUGUAUUGUCUGGCACUGCUCAUCUGCUGUUUUUAUGUAUUUUCCAUCUUCCCAUUAAGGAUCAAACUUAUGUUAGUCUAAAAGUUGUCACUUUGUGCACAUGCUUUUUGUUUCAUGUUUAUCUGGAGAGUUAUUGGAUCUGCAAUAUAUUCACUUCAUUUUUUUACUGACUCACACUGAAAAGCACUGAAAAUAUCUAUUUUUGCUUUAAGAAGCUCUUAUCCAGAGGACAGCUUUUUAUAUUGUCUAAUUUUAGGAAAAUUACAAAAAUUAAUCUGAUGUUUCUUAGAUGGGAAUAUUUUUGACAGCUGUUCAUAUUGGAUAUAAAAAGUUUGACUGUUUUUCUUUUUUAAAUCAGUAAAAUAUAAAUGAAAUGAGUUGUACAUUUUAAGGAUUUGCAUGAAGUGAUAACAUUCUAAAGAAUAUUUUUGACUGAAAAAAUCAGACACAAAGUGUGCCUUAAAUACACGUAAACAUAAAAUUGUUAAAAAGCUCAGAACAUUUGUGCAUAAUCUAAUAUUGUAAUUGUUGCUUAUUGUAAUUGUUGCUUAAAAAUAUGUUAAAUAUUUUAUAUACUAUUGUUUCCUGUGUUAUGACUUUUUCUUGUUAUUUCUCCUAAGAUCAGUUUUUCCUUGACUUUGAAAAGUUUGGAUGUUCUCAAUAAAGUUUAUUUUGAUACUU